UGCCCUGUUGUGAUGGGUCUCUCUUGUUUUCGAACUCGGUACUCCUGACUCACUGCUUCCUUUUGUCAUUGCACAAGAUGACGUCCCACAGUCACAGCUUUCAGUGUUUUGAUGCUGUUGUGGAAAAGCCAUCUUUAACUGCUGGGCAUAACUUUGCAUCACCCAACAGUAGCACAUGUAGUAAAACACACUUGGAGCAGCUGGAAAAUUGUAGAUGUUCCCUGUGUUCAGAAUCCCAGCAAGCCAAGCCGAUGACUUUAGAAGUCUCAGGGAAUCAGCCUACUUCAUGGUACCAACCCCAAAGCACAAGCCACCAGCAUACACACAGAAGGCCCAUGCGGCCGGAGGGGAAUCCAGUAUAUGGUGCGGCACAUCAUAACCAUAACCACCACCAAUACCACACCCACAGGCACCGCAAGAGGAUUGUACUUGUGAAGAAUAGUAACCCGUCCAUCCAGAAAACCAUUCUGCUGCACCGCAAGCCUGUGCACAGCCUUUGUGUCUUUAUGGAUGAUGUAUCUGAACUCAUGCAGUGUCUCAUUAGAAAACUGUACACUCUGGAUGGGCACAGGGUUGACAACAUUCAGAGUCUCUUACAGGGCCCCAGUAUCUUGGUUUGUGUGGGCCGUGAACCGUUCCACCCACUUUUGUUGGACAGUUUCCAGAAAAAUUCUGAUGUUAAACUUCCAAAACUGAUCUUAAAAGCACGGCCCAGUACCUGCAAUGAGGAUCAAGGGUACAAGAAAAAUGUCAACUUUGGUCUGAAAUCCAAGAAGAGCAUUUCACCAGGUAAUUUUCCUGAAGCCAGAGAGAAUAUGCUGGAUGAUGACAUCGAGAAGCGGGUGCUAGUCAAUAAAGAUGGUAGCUUGUCUAUGGAGAUGAAAGUGCGGUUUCGACUGCUAAAUGAUGAGACUUUGCAUUGCUCUACAGAGAUUAAGAAAUCCUCAAGCACAUUUAAUGUGUCCUUUCCGGAACAAGACAAUGUGGACUAUCCCCAAUGUGGCCACAGUGAAAGUUGCUCAGAGGCAGAGUCCCUGUCUGCUAGUGAAGCUGAAGACAUUUACAUUCCCAGACUUUGCCAGAAGCAUUUGCAGGAGCCACACUGUCAAAACUGCUGCACUCACUGUCAGGAGUAUGACAUUUGGAAAAAUCCAACCCUUAGAAAGCAGGAAACACUGAGACACUUUGGAUCCACAAACUUGAAUGCAUCAUCUCAUAAAGUAAAAUGCAAAACGGAAUCUUUCGAUAGAAUGAAUACCACGUCAAGUGAGGGAUACACUGAAGAGGUAGUCGAAAAGGCAACCUGCAUUGAGCACACUGUUGGGGAGAGGGACAAAGGGGACAACACGGUUCAAUACUGUACCAUUAGUCGCUGCUCUAGUCAUAGUGAAGUGCGUUCCUCUAAAAAUCUAAAGCAAGAUCAGAUGAGUGUCCAGAUUACCCAGUUUUCAAUAGAAGAUGAAAGGCCUUUAUCUGUGGAAACCAAUUCCUCAGAUAUCCUAGCAUUACUUAAAGAGGAUAAAGAUAAUGAGGAACCUGAUUUUUCUCCAUAUAAUUCCAGAGCAUCUCAAAAUAACAAAAAUAAAGCCAAACAAAUCCAAAAUGCUGAAGAGAACUCAUGUUCAUUCACACCCUGUAAACCACCAGAAUCUCCAAAUCACUCAAUUUCAAUGAGGUCAUCAAGCAUAGCAUCAAGUUUUUCAGUGAAAUCUAAGACCUCUGGAAAGGUUGUAGUCACAAAAAUACAGAAAAAUGUGAACCAAGAUGGAAACAAUACACCUACAUUUACACCCCACAGAUCAUCUCCCUCUAAUAAAAAUGCCAACAUAGUGAAUACAACCAAAGAUUUAAAUAUAUGUGCUAGAACCUGUGAUGGCUCUGUUGUUGCUACAGAUUGUAGUAUGAAUGUCAUUGAUAACAAGAGUGAAAAGAACAGUACCUCCAGUUGCAAACACAGCAGCAGCUCUUUCUCUGAGUUAGUCUCAUCUAUCCUACCAAAGUCUUCUCCUACUGAAGUAGUGAAUGAAUGGUUGAAGAAAAUUCCAAUAGAAAGUGAUUUAUAUGAUGUUUGGGAUGAGUGCCAGAAAAACUGUGAGGAAGAAGAAGUAUUGAAGAUGACAGGAGAAGUGAUGACAUAUGAAAGAAGAAAUGGAAGGGAGGGAGAUGCCGAUGUAGCUGUGCCCAAGCCAGAAAACGAGCAACUACCAGUUGAAAAAAUUGAGAACAAUGAAAGCGAAGUAGGUGAUAUGAAGGAAACUACCAAAGAAAACAUUCAACCCUGCACUUUUCCUGAUGUCCCUUCUUCUGUCCAGCUUAUGAGAAUUUUACUUAGUCCCAAACUUGAAAGAUGUAACAGUUUACCAGAGGUAUCCCCUGUUUAUGCAAGAAAACUUAGCAUGUCAGCAAGAGGAUUUUUAGACAGCCUGGUAAACCUUCAUUUGUUAGAUUUUAACCCCAGUGAUGUUAAUGGCAAAGACGAAAAAUAUAGCAAUCUCAUGAAAAUGCUUCAGACUCUUUGGAUUCGUGACCCUCCUGACAGCAUGACCAUCCCACAGAAAAAUGCAUUUAACAAUCAACAGUCUAAUGAUGAAGAAUACAAUGUCAGGUCAUCCUCAGGGGAAGAUAUAAACAGCAGCUCCCAAGUCUCUGAAAAGAUCAGUGACAAUGAGAGCACUUUGACUCUAAAAUCCAAAACAAAUACAGAAAGACAAAGCAUGCUGACAAAUGUACAAGAAAUUGAUCAAACAGAGGAGAAGAUUGAAAGAAUAUCUAAUUCAGCAACCCCUGAUAUUGCAAGUAGGGUCCGGUGGACACCAGAGAAUGAUGUAGAAGAAAAUAUGCAAGAGAGCAACAUUCUUUUAGCUGUCCAAGAUUUUAUAAUAAAAAAUGACUAUAGUCAAAGUGAACCAUCUGAGACAGCGUCCAUAUCAAACAAGAGUCCUGAAAAUGACAGUAAUGUUAAUCAAAAGCUUACUGACCAUAAGGAAGACACAUGUUCAGGAUCCCCAUCAUCAGAGCAAAUGUUAACAGAAAAGGUUUCUCAAGAUCCUUAUCCUGUCUGGGUUCUGAAGCUAUUGAACAGCAUAGAAAAAGAAUUUAUGACACAUUAUGUCAAUGCAAUGGUGGAGUUUAAGGUACGCUGGAAUUUAAAUAACAAUGAGCUGCUUGAUGUCAUGAUAUGUGAAUUAAGAGAUGAAGUCCAUAAAAGAAUACAAGCCAGCAUAAAUAAUGAGCUCAGAAAAAUCCAGGGGCAUGUAGGAAGACCCAGGCCACCAAAAGAAAGCAUGUCACGUGAAUCAAGUAUUUUAACUGAACAAAGGCGUCGGCGUCUCAAAGUAAAUCUCAACCAGUCCACAGAUUCAGCAGCAAGAACUGGUGAUGAUGAUGGCAACACAGCAAAACUGAUUACUGAAUUUAGUGAUCAACAAAAUGAUGAUGAAUACUGCCCAUGUGACACUUGUAUGAAAAAGAAAAUGGUAUUAAGACCUGUUUUUACCACAGAGGUUCGAAAUUCUGCUCCAUUGAUGACAGACUUUGAUUUGAGAAAAAUUCUCCAUUUAAAAAGAAAUCCUCUGUCAAAUAGCACAGAAAAUGAGAAGGAAACUGAAAAUAUGGAACAACACACAGAGGAUGGAAAUGUGGCUGAAGAUGUUUGGAUUCAGAGUUUCAUGAAGGAGAAGACACAGGCCAGGUUCACAGAACAAAAACAAAACAAAUCUGACACAUUAAAUUAUAAUGGUUUGGGAAAAGAAUAUUCACAGGUUGUUGUGGGAAGCAAGCCUCAGGAGGUAAGGAAGGGAGGUUCUUGGAGUCCUCCUGAGGAUGAUGUUUCUGAUACACAACCAAACGAAUUGAAACAACUACAAAGAAAUAAUACCUCUAAGGCUCUUGAGCAAGAAAGCCCUUCAGCUGGUGGUGAGCAUCUGGAGAUAGCCAGUGCAGAUUCAACUGCAGAAGAAGAAAAUGCUCAGAAUGGACCAGCAGAUAUGGGAAGUGAUUAUAAAAUAACAGAAGAUGAGGAGGAAGUUUGUAAUAGCCCGAUUGAGGGAAAAGGGUCUAUGGAAGGUGAAAAUGUAAGCGAAAAGCAUUCAAUAGAAGCUGAAACUGCAAGGGAAAACUUGAAGGUUGAGGCAGGGACAGUUGGAGAACAGGAAGCAGCUGACAGAGAAUCAACAGAUGGAAAGGGGACUGAAGAUAAUGAAACAGGAGAUGAAACAGCGGAAGAUAAAACAGAGUCAGUGGGAGAAAGAACAAGUAAAGAAAAUCAACCUUCAGAAGGAGAAAUUUCUGAACCUGUAACAGAUGAAGAAGCUGAUAGGGCAGAAGAAGAAACAAUUGUAAGUACAAAUAAUGAAGAAAAAGAUGCCAACAAGUCAGCUGAGGAAGAUAUAAAGAAAAUAAGCAAAGAGAGUGGGGAUGAUGACUUACUUAAGGAGGAAAAAAUGAGCGAACCUGCAGAAGAUGGAGAUAUAACUGAACAUGAGUCUGCAGAAGGAGCUUAUCCAAUGAACGAUGAAUCAGAAAAAGAAGAAACAGACAAUGAUGGAAUAGAUGCUGAAGUAAAGACAACCAAAGCUGAAAUGGUAGCAGAUGAAGAACCAGCAGAUGCAGAAACAAACAAGGCUCAAACAGUUGAUACAGCUGAUGAUGUAACAGAAAAUGAAGAAACUCCUACUGCUAAAUUUGCUGAAGAUAGAGAGAUAACUAAUGAUAGAAUAUCAGAUGAUGGAGAGGCUGUUGUAGUUUCAGAAGAUGAAGAGACAGCUGAAAAAGCAGAAGAAAAUGGAAAUGAUGAUGAUGAUGAUGAUGAUGAUGAUGAUGAUGAUGAUGAUGAUGAAAGAUCAGAAAAAACAGACAGGGCACAAGAAAUAAUUGAUAAUGAAAUAGUUGAAGAUGAAAAAGAUAGCGAGACACCAAAUGACAACAAAGCUGAUGGUGAAACAACAGAAGAUGAAGAGAAACCAAAUGACAACACAGUUGAUGAUGGAACAGCAGAAGAUAGCGAGACACCAAAUGACAACAAAGCUGAUGGUGAAACAACAGAAGAUGAAGAGAAACCAAAUGACAACACAGUUGAUGAUGGAACAGCAAACGAUAGCGAGACACCAAAUGACAACAAAGCUGAUGAUGAAACAACAGAAGAUGAAGAGAAGCCAAAUGACAACACAGUUGAUGAAACAACAGAUGAUGAAGAGAAACCAAAUGACAACACAGUUGAUGAUGAAGCAGCAGAAGAUAGCGAGACACCAAAUGACAACAAAGCUGAUGAUGAAACAACAGAAGAUGAAGAGAAACCAAAUUACAACACAGUUGAUGAUGAAACAACAGAAGAUGAAGAGAAACCAAAUGACAACACAGUUGAUGAUGAAACAACAGAAGAUGAAGAGAAACCAAAUGACAACACAGUUGAUGAUGGAACAGCAAACGAUAGGGAGACACCAAAUGACAACAAAGCUGAUGAUGAAACAACAGAAGAUGAAGAGAAACCAAAUGACAACACAGUUGAUGAAACAACAGAUGAUGAAGAGAAACCAAUUGACAACACAGUUGAUGAUGAAGCAGCAGAAGAUAGCGAUACAACAAAUGACAACAAAGCUGAUGAUGAAACAAGAGAAGAUGAAGAGAAACCAAAUGACAACACAGUUGAUGAUGGAACAGCAGAAGAUAGCGAUACACCAAAUGACAACAAAGCUGAUGAUGAAACAACAGAAGAUGAAGAGAAACCAAAUGACAACACAGUUGACGAUGAAACAACAGAAGAUGAAGAGAAACCAAAUGACAACAUAGUUGAUGAUGGAACAGCAGAAGAUAGCGAUACAACAAAUGACAACAAAGCUGAUGAUGAAACAAGAGAAGAUGAAGAGAAACCAAAUGACAACACAGUUGAUGAUGGAACAGCAGAAGAUAGCGAUACACCAAAUGACAACAAAGCUGAUGAUGAAACAACAGAAGAUGAAGAGAAACCAAAUGACAACACAGUUGACGAUGAAACAACAGAAGAUGAAGAGAAACCAAAUGACAACACAGUUGACGAUGAAACAACAGAAGAUGAAGAGAAACCAAAUGACAACGCAGUUGAUGAUGGAACAGCAAACGAUAGUGAGACACCAAAUGACAACAAAGCUGAUGAUGGAACAGCAGAAGAUGAAGAGAAACCAAAUAACACAGUUGAUGAUGGAACAGUAGAAGACAGUGAGACACCAAAUGACAACAAAGCUGAUGAUGAAACAACAGAAGAUGAAGAGAAACCAAAUGACAACACAGUUGAUGAUGGAACAGCAGAAGAUAGCGAUACACCAAAUGACAACAAAGCUGAUGAUGAAACAAGAGAAGAUGAAGAGAAACCAAAUGACAACACAGUUGAUGAUGGAACAGCAGAAGAUAGCGAUACACCAAAUGACAACAAAGCUGAUGAUGAAACAACAGAAGAUGAAGAGAAACCAAAUGACAACACAGUUGACGAUGAAACAACAGAAGAUGAAGAGAAACCAAAUGACAACACAGUUGAUGAUGGAACAGCAGAAGAUAGCGAGACACCAAAUGACAACAAAGCUGAUGAUGAAACAACAGAAGAUGAAGAGAAACCAAAUGACAACACAGUUGACGAUGAAACAACAGAAGAUGAAGAGAAACCAAAUGACAACACAGUUGAUGAUGGAACAGCAGAAGAUAGCGAGACACCAAAUGACAACAAAGCUGAUGAUGAAACAACAGAAGAUAGUGAGACACCAAAUGACAACAAAGCUGAUGAUGAAACAACAGAAGAUGAAGAGAAACCAAAUGACAACACAGUUGAUGAUGGAACAGCAGAAGAUAGCGAGACACCAAAUGACAACAGAGCAAUUGUUGGAAAAGCAGAAGAAUCUGACUUGGAAGAAGUUGGCGAAACAACUGGAGCUGGAACAGCAGAGGAUGGAGAACAACAAGAUAAUGGAAGAGCAAAUGGGCAGAUAGGUGAUGAUGAAAUAACUGAUGAUGAAGCGACCACUGGAAAUGAAGAUGAAGAGAAUAAAGAGACAUCUGAGGUUAAAACAGGAGAAAAUAAAAAAACAGCUGAUAAUGGGACAACAGAAGAUAGAGAUACAGCGGAUGAGAGUGAAACAGAUGAUGAAGAGCUUUCUGAACAUGAAAUAGCACAUAAUAGGGAAAUAGUAGUUUGUGGCCAAACAGAUGACAGUGAAAGUUUAGGAAAUGGAGAAACAGCCGAAGAAGUAAAUGGAGAAACACAUAAAAUUAACACUGCUGAAGCAGUCAUCAAUACACACAAUAUGAAAAAAACAAACUCAAAGAUGUUGAGUAUAUAUGUAAGUAAUCCUAGAGAGUCUGAUGAAGGAGGAGAUGAAGCUGAGGAUGAGACUGAACCUGUUGUUGAAACAGAGGGAAGCGCUUAUGGAAUAAAGUGUCCUGCUAUGCAGCCUAUGAAAUUUUCACUGCAUAAAGCUGACAUAAAGAUUAAUUCUACCGUGAAGGUGUACCCAAGUUCUGAGGAUGGAGCAGAUGCUGAUGCUGAAGAUUCAGAUACUGAAGUUUAUAACUUAGAUGGCUGUGUGGAAAAUUAA